UAUGUCGAAAUCUCAAAUUCAGUAUUUAUCUGGUUGUUCCCUCAAAUUAAUAUCAGCAUUUACAGACUUUGGCAGAGAAGAUGAAAAUUAUGAAAUAUGCCACGAUUUCAUUUUGUCAAACCUCCGAUUUCAUCGUUAUUUGGAUACAAACUCUCAUGAUAUGAAAAGGAAAGCUCAAGGAUUAAUUGAUAAGUUUCUUAUUCAUGCUCAACAUCCGAAAGCAGGGAAGAUGGCAAAGUGCCUCAAAUCUUUAGAAUCUCUAACAGACUUUAGCGCUUUAAGAUUUAUAAUGCUUUUGGCAAAUAGACCAACAGAGUACGAAUACGUAGAGGAUUUCGAACGAGUAGAAGAGGAACCCAUAGAUGAUUUCGACUGGACAGAAUAUUUAAAUAGAGGAUUAGAAGUCUAUAACAUUGAUUCUACUUUUUCGAGCGAAGACGAAUUAGAGGAAGAUGACAAAAGAGAUGACAAUGAGGCAGAGAAUCAAACCCAAAAUACUACAACCAAUAAUAAUACAUUAGAAGGCACCACUGAUACCGAGGAAGAAGAUAAAACUUUGGUAUCUUUGGUAGAAGAAAUAGAAUAUCAUGACGGAUUAGAAAAAAGAGUGGUAGAUAAAUAUUGGCGAUCUGGUGGCAAAUUUGAGAAUAUAAAAUCAUCUAUGCCAUCUGCAAAUUUAUAUAAUAACUGGUUUGCCUAUUCAACUGGACUAUCUAAACAUAAAGCGUCAACAUCAUUUUUAAACGAUUACAUCUUGAUUAGGGAAUCCAUAUGGCUCUUUUGUGGCUCUCCUGCAAAGCAUAUCUUUGAUUUUAUCAAUUAUACUCCAAGAGUUAACUCACUUAGUGAACAUAGUCUUAUUGGAUUAUUAAAAGUUAUAGUAGAACAUGCAAAAAAGCUAAAAGAAAUGUUUGAUUAUACAGAUUCCCUAUCUCAAAAGGUGUUUUGCCAAACUGAGGAAGCUUUUAUAAGCUAUUUUGCUAGUUUACUAAACGAAAUUCGUAAGAAAUUCCUUGAUAUUGAAAAAACUCUAAUAGUUUGGUUAAAAGAAAAUGAGGAACCUAAAUGUCCUUUAACCUUAUUAAAAUUUGUGAAUAUGAUUGAACCAGAAAUGAAAUCAAUAACGUUAUAUUACGAAAUUUUCUAUUCUCUAAAGCAAAAUAUGGAUAUUGAUUUUCAAUUAAGAUCUCUAUUCAUUCUGUCAGAAUUAUAUAAUACUGUUACAAGUAGAAAUUUAAUUGGAUCAAGUUCUAUUAAUAUUCAAAUAUAUAAACUAUUCUUAAAUACUUUGAGACCGUAUUUGGAUAUUAUCUACUAUUGGAUUUGGUAUGGAGAGCUAAGAGAUUGCAAGAAUGAAUUUCUUAUACAAAGAUCUAAAAUUGAUAAAACUGAAGAAUUAUGGCAUUCUUCUUAUACGUUAAAUAGAAAGAAAUUCCUAUUCUUUCAACCUAUCUUAAAGCAGUUAUUACAAGCUGCAAAGAGCGUUGAUGUAUUACAACAAAUGAAUAAAUUACAAGUUAGCUAUGAAGAUGAUAAUCUAUUUGACAUUUUCUCUGAAAAUAUGCUUCAAAUUGAUAUCGAUGGUUGGACUAAUAUGGAUAAAAUUUUAAAGAACGGAUUAUAUAGUCAUGUUAUUAAACAAUGCGAUUUCGUUUGUAAAUGUCUUUUAGACGUUCUCCUGACUGAUUAUCAGUUGACAAACACUUUUAAAACUCUACAACAAUUUUAUCUCUUGGAAGACGGUGAAACUAUGCGUAAUUUUUAUCUACCUAUCUUUGAAAUGAUAAGAGAUAAUCAAGAUUGGAAAGAUGUUACAUUGUUAACAACGUCUUUUCAAGAUUCCAUAAAUAAUCACGAACUUCAAUCAUUUUCUUCAAGAUUUCAUGUAACAGUUGAAGAAAGUGAUGAAGGAUCUUUUGAUAUGAUGAAAUUGAAUUUUGACGUUAGAUGGCCAGAAAAUAUUGUUGUUCAUUCGGCAUCUUUAACAUUAUAUAAUAGAAUAUUUGCAUUUCUGUUGCAAAUUAAAAGAAUGAAAUAUGCUUUGGAUAACCUAAGAUUUUCAAAUAUGAAUUACAAUCUUACGCAAGAAGCUAAACAUAGAAUGUGUAUUUUAAGAAUGAAAUUUCUUCAUUUCAUAAACAAUUUACAUGUUUACAUUAUGAGAAGAAUUUUACAAACUAGUGGACUUCAAUUUUCUGAACAUUUAAGACUAGCAAAAAAUGUUGAAGAUUUAAUAUCUGCUCAUAAUAGAUAUAUAAAACAAAUCUAUUCUAGGUGUUUGCUAUCGGAUAAACUUUCGUUUAUUAGGCAAGCAAUAUUCAAGAUAUUUAAUGCCGUUAGUUCAUUAGAAAAAAUGUGGACCGAAAUUGUUAAUAUAAAUGAAAUAACUGCCCUUGAAGUUCAAUUAUCAAAAACUGUCUCAUUCUUGGCUUCAUUCCUUAUGAAAGUUAUACGAAAGGGUUUCUAUCCGCACUUGGAAUUUUUGGCUUUUUCCCUACAACCAACGAAAUCUGCAAGGCACAAUCAAUCUCAUUAG